AUGCAAAAGGCUUCUUCUUCACUGUUGUUGGAUUUGAAAAAACGGAAGGAAUUGGUGGCGGAAUCAACCACAUCACCGAGUACCUGCUUGUCCGAUUCUGAUGAUGAUGAUGUGGUCAUUAUUACUGCACCAUCGCCCUCUAUGAAAAAACAUUCGGAACAAGUACCUCCGAAAAAGAUUAGAAAAACAAAUGUAGAAUCUGAUGUGGAAAUACAGGGCAACAUUCCAUCAGCAUCAUCAUCAUCGUCUGUAGUCAUGGCGUCAUCUAUAAAAGCCACUGCACAAGAGGAAGAAAAUUUUGAUCCUAAUACUAUUCAAUAUCAUAACACAAAUACUAUUGACACAAUUUUAAAACGUAAACGAUUCCAUGAUGGGAAAAUGAAAUAUUUUGUGAAAUUAAGCGGUCAAUCUCAUUGGCAUUGUAAAUGGAUGUCACGCGAAGAAGUUCAAGAAAAUGCCACAGUCAAGCUCAUGUGGUUCGAAGAACAUUAUGGUCGUGAUAUGGAAAUUGAUCUAUUUCAUUCAAAUUGGGAAAAAAUAGAACAAAUCAUUGCAAAUAAUGGGAAUUAUUUUUUAAUCAAAUGGAUGGACGUUCCUUACUCUGGGUGUACAUGGGAAUCUAAGAGUGAUAUUUUGAAGCACGAAAAAAAGACCAAUGAAAAUAAGGCCACAGAUUUAUAUAAUAGAUUCAUAGAAAGUCAUAGAAAAAAGUCUUACAAAAUUCUUUCAGAGGCAGAGCUGUUGUCAAGGAAACGAACUGAAUCUCAACGUACGGCUCGUGGAAUUUCGAAAAUGAGUGUCACAAAUGUUGAAGGACACAAUUUUGAAUUAUUUGACUAUCAACUUCAAGGUGUGGCAUGGAUGAGGUCCAUGUGGAAUCAUCACAAAUCCUGUUUACUGUGUGAUCAACACGGUCUUGGCAAAACAACUCAAGCUAUAUCUUUCCUAAGAGCCAUGUCCAUGUAUCAUAAUGUACCUGGUCCGUUUUUAAUAAUUUCUCCUCGAAAUCGAAUUGAGCAUUGGAAAAAGCAAAUUACAUUUUGGGCACCUGAUCUCAGAGUUGCAGUAUACGACGGAUUACUUGAUGACAGAAAAAUUAUUAAGCAAUUCAUUAUUCAAACGAUUCAAAAGCGAAAUUUGACACCUACAGAUCGAUUGAAUUUCUCUGUAAAUAUUAUUUUAACAACCAUUGAGAGUAUUGUAAACGACGAGACAUGGUUCAAAUAUUUUCUAUGGCCAAUUGCAGUUAUAGAUGAGGCACAUGUGUUAAAAAAAACAAAAUCAAACCUUUUCCUGAUGCUGAAAGAACUGAAAAUAGAUUUUACACUCUUUAUCAGUGACAAAAUGUAUAAUUCAGAGACAUGUGGACCUUUUAUUUCAUUGCUAAAUUCUAACAGUCCGAUACAGGACUUUCCAAAAGAAUUAUUACUACGAAGAGAGCGGCAAGACGUUCUUGCAUGCAUCAAACCACGAGCAGACUUGUUGCUUACUGUGAAUUUAACACCUCUCCACAAAUAUUUCUUUAGACAAAUAUUUAAGAAAAGUGCCUAUUUCAACGCUCUCACCAAUGUUUUUAAGAGCAGUGACACACCUCAGCAAUACUCUUCACUCUUUCAACAAAUGUUUUCAGAUAUUUUGAGGACUUGUGAACAUCCUUACUUGCAAUUCUUUCUCGAAAAGGAAGAACCUUUUGCACAGAAUAACGAAUUAUUUAUGAAAUAUUUCAUUCAGUCCUCAUCCAAGUUAGUUCUGUUAGAGGCUCUUCUUCAACGAUGCAAAUCACUCAAGCAAAAAGUACUUAUUUUAUCUUCUUAUCCAUACGUGAUUGAAGAACUGAUUCGAUUCAAAGAGUAUCAAUAUCAAUUGAUUGUAUCCAGCGAGUCAACCAAUAAGAAUAAUGCCACAACAAACACCACUGCACCUAUUGUAAUUAUGAGCACUCAACUUCAUCCAUCCAUAGAUUUAUUGAAUUUCGAUACAAUUAUUGUCAUGGAUUCUGCAUAUCAUCCAAUCAUAGAUUCGCAACAACUCACACGAUUCUGUAAAAUUGACAAACGCACAACCAUUCUACGACUCGUGUGUUGUGAAGAAUUUGAAACAAUGAUUUUAAAUUUAUCAGAAAAUGAAAUGAUACGAGGAAUGUUUUUAAAGCAACUCUCUGAAUUUGAGACGUCAUUACGAAUUUUUGCAAAAGAUUUAUUCACGAACAACAGUGAGGAUUCCACUUUGAGUUUGGAUCCAUUGCUAGAUGAACUCACUUCUCAAGAAGGACUAGAAUUUUUACAAUCCAUGGAAAGUCUACAUCUAUCAGAGAGUAUCUUGGAUGAAAUUUUAUCAGAGAAGAAUAAUCAUACGGAACAACAACAACCACAAGCAUACGAUAUGAUGAUUCACUCUUCAGCCAAAUCAUUAAGCCAUGUGAAAAUUACACAUUUUCAAAGGAAGGAAAAUCCCACCACGAGUUCUGUACCCUCUCUUGGAAAAUCCCCUUCUCUACAUGCAGAGAUUGACAAUCUUCCUGGUGAAAUAUUUUGGACAAGACUCAUCAAGUCUGCAAAAACUACAGCAGAUCUUUCAUUGGUCAAGAUGGAACAUAUGAAUGGCAGUAACGAUCAUAAACGAAAGGAUACCACUGCCAUGGAAUUAUCUCUACUUCAUUAUCAAGAUGAAACAAUGGAUCGAUUUUUCGAACAAUUUUUAAACUCUUCUUCAGAUGAUUUAUUAUACAGUGAGGAAGAAAUUCAACAAUAUUCUGAAACUGUAGCAAAUGAACUCUCAGACAAUCUCAAUGCAUUGAUGAAUCAAGUAGAGGAAUUGAGUGCCACUCUCAAAACAGUCAAAGAUGUCACACAACGAAAGAAAAUUAGUUCCAAUAUUCGAGCAUUGAAAUAUCAAAUUGAGGAUGAAACGAUUCAAUUGAAAAUUAUUGAAAGACAACUCACCAAUCCGAAAAUCAAAAUUUUUCCCAAUCACUCGGUUUCGGUUCUAGGUUUUACGCCAACAGAACGAAUGAUGUUUGUAGCGACUUUGUGGAGAUAUGGUUUGGGCUUUCCAACACAGGACCAGAAAUGGUACGAGUUUUUUAAUAUCAUUAGAAGAGUUUCUAAUUUACAAAAAACACUGAAACAAGUGACUGAAUUUGGUAUAUUCAUGUUAGAUCAUUUCUCAGAGCAAGUAGAUCAGCGCUAUUCACAUUAUUCAGAUGGUACUCCCACAGAUCGAUUGAAUAAUGUGAAAAUUUUACAGCGUAUUGCUUGCAUAUACAUGACGACACUAAUGAGAAUGGUACAACAUGUUCUGCAUAUUAUCCGUGGUGGAACAAAGCUCAUGACUUGA